AUGAGAAUCAGAAAAUGUUUGGCAUUAGGAGGAGCAGUUCUUAUUUUUAUAGGAUGUCUCAUCAUAUACAGGAUGGCAGAUUAUACAUUAUACCUUCAAGAAGAACCUACCAAUCAAUUGAAAUAUGUCCAAGUAUCAUCUGAUAAGAAAAUUUUUUCUGAUAAAAAUAAAGUUUCAAAUGUCAUUGAAAAAAGCAACAUUCAGAGUACGCUUGAAAAAUUAAAAUUUAAUGAAAAUUGCAAAAGCAUUCUCAAAGAAAAUAAGGCAGAUUUACAGAUGCUUGACAUUUAUAAUGUGUUGAAAUUUGAUAAUAUUGAUGGAGGAGUGUGGAAACAAGGCUGGAAUAUAGAAAUUGAUCCCAAUAGAUGGAACUCAAACAAUAAAUUAAAAGUUUUUAUCGUUCCACAUUCCCAUAAUGAUCCUGGUUGGUUAAAAACAUUCGAAGAUUAUUACAAAACUGAAACUAGAAAUAUUUUAAACAACAUGUUAAAAAAAUUAACGGCUGACCUAGAAAAAAAAUUUAUUUGGGCAGAAAUAUCAUAUUUGUCCAGAUGGUGGGAUGAGUUGUCAGAAGAUGAUCAAGAGAAAGUAAAAAGGGUGGUUAAGAAUAAGCAACUUGAAAUUGUUACUGGAGGUUGGGUGAUGAAUGAUGAGGCCAACACACAUUUUUACUCGAUGAUCACCCAGUUAACAGAGGGACACCUAUGGAUGAAAUCCAAUCUGCAAAUCGAGCCUAAAAAUGGUUGGACCAUUGAUCCAUUUGGUGAAUCACCUGUCAUGGGAUAUUUAUUAAAAAAAAUGGGAAUAGAAAAUUUGGUUAUUCAAAGAGUUCAUUAUUCAAUAAAAAAAUAUCUUGCUCAAAUGAAAAAUUUGGAAUUUUACUGGAGGCAAUCUUGGGAUGAAACUGGAGGUAAUGAUAUGCUCACUCACAUGACUCCUUUCUACAGCUAUGAUAUACCACACACAUGUGGACCAGAUCCAAAAAUAUGUUGUCAAUUCGAUUUUAAAAGACUUCCUGGAAAUGGUUUAUCUUGUCCUUGGAAAGAACCUCCAAAACCAAUUACAAAUAAAAAUGUUGCUUUUAGAGCUCAAAUGCUACUGGAUCAAUACAAAAAAAAAUCAGAACUUUAUCGCACGAAUUCUCUUUUGGUUCCUUUGGGAGACGAUUUUCGUUUUCAACACUCUUCAGAAUGGGAUUAUCAAUUUAAUAAUUAUAAUAAACUUAUCAAGUACAUAAAUGCAACUCCUGAUUUUUACGCAGACGUAAAAUUUGGAACUUUGUCAGAUUAUUUUCACUCUCUUCGACAAGAACGCGGUGUUGGUAGUUUUCCAUCUUUAACUGGAGAUUUUUUCACGUACGCCGAUCGUGACGAUCAUUAUUGGAGUGGCUACUACACAUCCAGGCCAUUUUACAAACGAAUGGAUCGAAUUUUAAUGGGGUAUCACAGGGGAGCAGAAAUAAUUUUUGCACUGGGAUGGAGCAUACGAGAUUUAACGACGUCAAGUGAUUUACUAUCUCCGAAUAUGGGAUUUGCAAAAAUGUUACGGGAUGCCAGGCGAAGUUUAAGUUUAUUCCAACAUCACGAUGGGAUAACUGGUACAGCAAGAGAUAAUGUUAUGGAAGAUUACGGACAAAAAAUGAUAGUAGCCAUUAAUAAUUCGAAAUAUGUUAUUCAGCAAGUGUCCCAUUUUCUACUUUCGCCCUCGCCCUCUUCAUAUUCAUUUAAACAAGAAAAACAAUAUUUUUUCUUUGACGAUGAAAGGAAAUAUGCCAACGAGUGGUCUCCAAGAAAGGUCUUCCAGUUUAAUAAUAACGAACCGAUAACGAUUGUUUUGUUUAAUUCUCUAACUUACGAAAGAAGAGAAUUAAUUUCUAUUUUUGUUUCAACGCCAUUUGUCGAAGUUUUCGACCAUCAAAAUACUCCCGUUCAAUGUCAAAUCAGUCCGUUUUUUUCUCAAAAUGAAGAAAUCGAUGAAACGAGAUUUGAAAUUUCAUUCGUCGGAAAAGCACCUGCUUUGGGAUUAAUUUCAUAUAAAAUUUUUCCCAAAUCAUCUUCUUCGAAGGAAGGGAUGAAUAAUUUUUCCAAGAUAAAGAUUUUCAAUCUUUUGAAAGAAGUCAGAUACAAUAAAUAUUUCACGGACAUUGUGGUAAAAGGAGGAGAAGACUUCUAUGUGGAAAAUUCUAAAAUAAUGGUUGCCAUUAGCGAGAAAGGAUUGUUGAAAUCAAUCACCGACAAAAAAACAAUGGAAUUACUUCCUCUUAAUUUAAAUUUCGUUCAGUAUUUAGCUAGGGAAAGUAAAGAAAAAAGUGGUGCCUAUUUAUUUUUACCUGAUGGUGAAGCGACCAUUUUAAAUGACGAAUUACCAUCUAUUAGAGUUUUCGAAGGACCCUUAUUCACAAGGGUCGAAGUUCAAUUACGAGUUGUUAAACAUAUCAUGUGUAUUUACAACACUCCAGAGUUAUGGAAUUUAGGAAUCGAAGUCGUUAAUUAUGUCGAUAUUUUACGCGAAAAUAAUUACGAGCUUGCAAUGAGAUUGACUAGUAAUGUAAAAAAUGGCAACGAAUUUUAUACGGAUCUCAAUGGAUUCCAGAUAAUCAAAAGGAAAACAUUUUCAAAACUUCCAAUUCAAGCAAAUUUUUAUCCUAUGCCCUCAUCCGUUUACAUCGAAGAUGGUAAAUCGAGAAUAACCGUGGUUAGUGGUCAACCGUUGGGAGCUUCUUCACUGAAAGAAGGUACGUUGGAAAUAUUACAAGAUCGACGUCUUCAACAGGAUGACAAUAGAGGAUUGGGUCAAGGAGUUUUAGAUAACAAAGUGACACCUAACGUCUUUAGAAUUUUGAUUGAAAAACGGUUGAAAAAUUGUAACGUGAGUUUAAUUAAACUUAUGAACGUUUUCCCAUCGCUUUCGGUCAAUUCUUAUAAAUCAUCUCAGAGUUUAUUUUAUCCCAUGUUUAAAAUGAUAUCACCAGAAAUUUCAUUAAAUGAAUUAUCUAGUUCCUAUUCUCCCAGUAAGACUGAUUUAGACGUCGAUUUACAUUUAUUAUCCGUGAGAACGUUAGACGAAGAAGAAAUCAAACCAAAAGCUGGUCUAGUUUUUCACAGACCUUAUUUAGAUGUAUGCUUUUUAGAAUCGCCAUCUUUGGGAAAGGGAAACGUGAGUAAAUUAAAUUAA